CUCUAGUUUCCAAUAAAUAAGGAAGAAAAGGAUGAAAAUAAUUCAAUGAGCUAUCUUCUCUCCACUUACCCUUCACGUCAACGAACUGUGCCGUUAAUAUAACAGCACCAAAAAAAGCCCCUCCUUCCUCUCUCUCUCUCUCUAAAUAUCACACCCUUUCCCACUUUCUCUCUCUAACCCGCCCAAGAGAUUUCUUCCCUCCCAGCUUGAAACGUUGCUUUCCCUUCACUUCAUUUUCCUCCUCCAAAUCUUCUCCACAGCCACAGAACAGAGACGAGAACUCCGUCGCCGCUGCCCGGCGACUCCGACCUCCCUCGAACACCGCCGGCGGGCCGUAAAGCCGUUUAGCGAGCCCGAACUGCGAAUUGAACUCCAGUGGAGUGGUGGCUCUUUUAGUAAUUUUUUUAAAACAGAGUUGACUCAUUGUAAAUGGAGCCGCUAUCAGGACCCGGAGCUAGACCCGGCCCGACCGCCGACGAGACGGCGCUCGAUUCCGUCCAAUUCGGCGACGACAUCCGGCACCUAAUCUCCGUCCCGACGGAGAACGCGAGCUCCUUCACCGCUCUCCUCGAAUUGCCGCCCAAUCAGGCCGUGGAGCUUCUCCACCACCGCUCCCCUCAGUCGACCCGACCCGAUUCCCGCCACCAGCAACCGCCUCAGCACUUCAAUGCCGGAUUGGUCACCUUCCCGACCAACGCCGCCUUGAUUGAGCGCGCCGCCAAGUUCUCCGUCUUCGCCGCCGAGGAGGAGUUGAACAACGGCAGCAACGCGAUUACCUCGCCGGACGCCAACUCGGCGCCGUCGAGUUCCAGCGCGAAUCUCCAGAAGGUCGUCAAGGCCGAGCCCGCCGAGGCCGCGUCUUGCCCGACGGUCGCCGCCAAGGACGAGAAUCAGAGGCCGAGCUCCAAGAGGAAGGAGCGGGAGAAGAAGGUAGCAACAGGAAGAAGAACAAUAAACUCAAAAUUAGGAUUUCUAGGGUUCCGAUUUCCCCCCUUUUGUUUAAUUUUCCCGAGGAACCUUCAGUCUGCUAAUCCCGCCAAACGGUCUCUCCGCAGGGAAAAGCUUCCUCGAAGAAGAGCAAAAGUGCUGCAAACGAGGAUUCCGAGCAGCUGCCGUACGUUCACGUCCGAGCUCGCCGCGGUCAAGCUACCGAUAGCCACAGCUUGGCAGAGAGAGCGAGGAGAGAGAAGAUUAAUGCAAGGAUGAAGCUGCUCCAAGAGCUGGUCCCGGGCUGCAACAAGGUACUAGUACUAAUACUACUACUCAUUACUGAAUGUUCUGUGUUGCAAGCACAUCAUCAUCACAAUAAUGAAUAAUCAUUUGGGGAAGAAGGGUUUUGAAUGUGAUUAGUCAAUCAUUUGGAUUGAGAUUAGGGGCUUGAUUAAAGAAGUGUGAUUUAGUUUCGUCGCCUCACCUUUUUGCCCAAUAAAGUUGUGGGUCUUUCCUUUCGUACUUCGUAGCAAGAAAAGUUGUGGGGCAAUGGAGGUGGUGGCCAGUGGGGUGUCUCGUCAUUUCUCCAUCUCGUCACUGUGUUUCCCCUCUUUGCAAGACAGGUGUUUCAGAAGCCAGAGGUCCCUUUCCAGGGCUAGUGUCGUCAUUUGAUAUUGAUCAGAAGCUUGUAUCUUAGCAAGCGUUUGAAAAAUCCAGGAAGACAGUAGGCCCUUGUGUUCAUGAUACAGUGAUGAGCCACUGGAAUUGCACUGCAGAUUUUGUCUCCCAUUCGUAUAGUUGAAUAUUUAGGCGUCUGAGAAGAGAAUUAUUUAUGUUUCAAGAUAAAAAGGAUGCUAGCUGGAUAUGCCUCAGCGAAGGACUAAUAUUCUAGUAGUGGUGACUGGUGAUGGAUCAAAUUUUUGGUCCCAUCAUCCGGCAGACGUGAGAAUUGUGUGCCUUCUAGGAAAGGUGCACCGUACAAAUUUCCUUUUGUAAGUUCGGCAUCUGUCUCUGAGAUUUUUAAGAUACUGGAAAAUGAAAGGGAAAGAAAAGAUGGAGACUUUUCCUUGUGAUAAAUUCAUAUGACAAAAUUUCUGGACCCGAUCGGCCUGAACCAUGGUGUGAUGGUUGAUGACAAUAUUCAUUUUUCUUCUUCUCAUUAAUGGUAUAUUAAGAGAUAAUACAUAAACAAUGGUGGAUUGCACCUACUGAAAAGUUAACUUUCCCUUCAUUUUUUAUCCUGCCUUUAUGUCUUUCUUGUUAAGCGUUGUUCAGUUUUUGAAUGUCCAAAAGUAUGUGCUAUUAUGGUAAUGUCACUCUGGGAGUUCCUGAGCGUGGUUUGUUUUAUAGUAGACAGGGUUCACUGGUCUAUUAAUGUGUCUUUGAUGGGUUGAGAUUUGCAGCAGCAUUCAACUUGUCUUGGGGGAUGUUAACAUACAUGUAAUGUAUGAUAGCUAUGGAUUGCUCUUCUUAUUGAUGCUUUAUGAGCUCCCUGAAAAAUUGUUUUGGAAUAUGCUUCGAUAAUUGCUAAGAACUCUCCGAAUCCCGAACUAAUUGUACAAAAACGUUCUGUAUGCAGAUCUCUGGUACAGCACUUGUACUGGAUGAAAUCAUCAAUCAUGUCCAGACCUUGCAACAGCAAGUGGAGGUCUUGUCAAUGAAACUUGCAGCGGUGAACCCAAGACUAGAUUUCAAUUUGGACAAUAUGUUGCCUGCAGAUAGUGGAUCUCUAAUGGAUAGCAACUUCCCAGCUAUGAUGAUGCCGGUAAUGUGGCCAGAAGUGCAACCAAAUGGGAACAGGCAGCAAUAUCACCAGCCGCUAUGGAACUUCGAUGUGGUUCCCCAGCCUCCUGCAGGAGGCUGGGGAAGAGAAGACGGCCACAACUUCAUGACUCCAGAGAACUCCCUCUUGAGUUACGUCUCCCCAGCAGAUUCAGCAUCUCUAAACUCCAGUCAAUCUCAAUUGAAAAUGGAGCUAUGAAGCAGCAGUUAUAGUAGAUGUAAAUAUGAAGCAAGUAUUAGCAGUUAGCAGACAUGGAAGUGAUUAGAGGAGGGACCUCUCUCAAUUAUUGGGGAGUGGUCUUUCUAAUUAUUCAUCUUUGGGGGGUCGACCCCCAAAGAUUUCUCUCUCUCUCUCUCUCUCUCUCUCUCAAUUGAAGGGUGAGAAAUUUGGUUGGUGGCUGCAAAGCUAUUUGCCGCUACAAGUUGAUGAUGAUAAUGUUUAGUUGUCUGUCAUAUAUAUAGAUGUAUUAUUGGAGGAUUAUACCAGCACUCACUAACUUGAAGAAGUCAUUCGAUCAAUUAUAGUAGGGUCGCUUGAUUUGAUUUGAUUUGAUUUGCGCCGUAUAUAGAUAAGAAAUGUAUUGUAGGAACAUGAUGUGGAUUAUACUCUGUAGUCUGUACUCUCUCUCCCUUUUGAAUUUAAGACUGCAGUUGGACAAUUUUUCCAGUUAUA